GCGGAAUCCGACAGGACUCGAGACAAACGUCAACGAUUCUCCGCCUUGACACAAACUCCUCGGUUGUUCGAAGGUUCUUCAGACGUUUCCUUAGGCUUCCCUCAAUACAUUUCGCUUUCCGAUAGGCUGCAAGAUUUGGAGCCCGAAAACCGUACGACUGGUCUUCUCAGCAAGAUGGCAAAUUUGCGAAGCACGCGCUUGGUGAGUGUGGGGCUGUUGGUUGCUGUGGAUUUCGUCCGUUGCGACGCUCCCGUCAGAUGGCAGCACCAGGCUGAGCCUCGAGCGAUGGGCUGCAACCAACGGCUCCAAACUGAUAUUUCUAUACGAACAAAUCGCACCUUAGCUGCUAUAGAUAUCUUCAAGGAAAACUUUUCUUGGCACAAGUUCCAUAUGGGAUGGGAUAAUGCCAGUGUCAUCAUGGACGCCAGUCGAGAUAAUGACUUCCUCCUGCUGUGCGAUGAAUCAGACGAGUGCUCUCGUGUCCUGCCCGUGGUUCCACUUUCUCCUUACAGCGUCCCUACAAAUGAGUCUCACGCGAGGCAGCUGAUGGCUGAAAUCUUGGAGUACUCACAGCAGUACGCCAUCGGCCUGGAGACCCUGUUUCUCGAUCAGUCUCUUCACGCGGACUCAUUCCUGCCUCACGUGAAUGAAAUCCACGGCGAGCUGGAGCUCCUCGUCAGCGGCAUCAUCUGGGGACUGAAACUGUGCCGGGUGCCUGUGCGGGAAACUACCCUCAGAGAUCUGAUGGAGAAAUCCUACGAAGGGGCCAGCAGGACACUCAGGGAUGAGAGGGCUUUUAGGACAGUCAGACAGUGCCAGUUGGGGCUUCAUUACAUCAGACAUUUUUUCUCACUGAAUGAAGCCCAUCCGCUGCUGAGAUGAUUGACUCACGUCACCCUCUUUCAGAGCAUAUGUCAUACAUAAAUAGAACUUUUUGAUGAAGGGGUAAAUGGUUCAUAUUUAUUCUGCUUAAGAGAAACUUGAUGUAUU